GCUUUGGGGAAUUAUGACUUCCCCAACCAUCACUGGACUCCUCAUCGCCGUUUAUCCCGGUCACGCCAACGGUCGGUCCGGAGUGUCCCACACACCAUGGCGUCUUGGCCGUUGGUGAGGGCCGUGUUGGCCUGCGCGAUCCUGGUGCCAGUGCUGGCCGAGGAGGAGGAGUCGAGCCCUGUGGCGAUUGCCAUCUCGGUGCCUUGAGAGUUUCAAACAGAAGACCCAAUCUCCUGGCAAUGCCCAACAUGGGCCUAGGGCCUAGGGACUGCACGCAAGCCAGAGAUGCAAGCAGUAUACGGAAGUAUACUAGGUGGAUCUAAAUGGUUUCAAGGAAGUUUUGCAAUCAAAACAAAAAUCAACUGAAGAACACAAGGAUGACGGCAUUCAUGAUGAGGACACUGUCACAUGUGUCUGGGGCUCUUAGGUGAUGCUCAUGGGCUCAAUUGGUUUUCAGAUGCUCAUGUUCUAUCUUGUGAACUGGCCAGAUCGAGACAUCCAACGAUACUCAUGGCAGGUGGGAGAGGCAGAAAAAACGUCCGUCCUUGAAGACCAUUUCAAACUUUUUAAUGUUUUGCAUCGAGUUAUUGCAUGGAAUCAGUUAAGAAGUCUAACACAGUCUUGCGCCUUUUAUAUUAUAUAGUUUUAUGUUAUAUACAUAACAUAUUAUUUUUUCAUAUUGUAUAUGUAUGUAUAUUUGUUGAUGUGGUAAGUGAAGAGUAGCUCCUUCCCCAACCAAGGUCUCUGGUCUCUGGUUUGAAGUAGUCCAACCGUCUGAGCAACCUUCGUUGUUCCCUCACUUGCUUCCCAGCUCCACUCAGGUCAUCAGCCAGACGAUAUCCAUUUUUUGUGCCGUCUUGCUUCCUAUCAUUGGAUUUGGUACUCUUUUUAGUUUUCCUUUCUAAAGCUUGAAACCUCAAGGGAGUGGUCUUCCACGCAGCUCUGCACAUAUGGAUGCAGUUGGAGAAUUAGAUCGGAUCAUAAGACGUGUCUACUUCUUUUCUCGGGGUUUUGGAGAGGCAAGACGGAACCCGCUGAGGCUUUUUCAGGGCUGCAAUGGAAUGGUCGAGGAGAAGCUCAUCAAGGGCAGCUCUGAGCUGGUCGAGGUGGGCAUCGACAUGGCGCAGAUGAUCUUCUGGCUGGUUUGCAUGCAGGUCGUUUUGGCCAUCACAAGUGGUGCCCUCAAUGAGUGGCUUGGCGCGGUCGACGACAUGGAAAAGGUGGAGCUGAAUGUGAAAAGCUGGUCUGUGCUCUUCAGCCAUGUGGCGGGCUUCGCUGCGAUCAACGCCUGGGGAUCCUUGCAACAAAAGUUUUUGAAUGCCAAUCCCUGGCAGGCGCUUUUAGUAGUGCCUCUUGGUUCAGCUGGACUCUUUUUGCUCUAUCACAUUUUCGACCUGAUCCGCGAGAAAAUCGCGCAUAUGGAUGACGGAGAGAAGGAUGAAUAUGAAGAGAAGUGGGACGAAGAGACUGAAGAAGCAGAGAAUGAUGUUGCAGGCCUUUGCAUGUCCUUCUUGACGGUGCAGGCCAUUCGCUUCGGUAUCAGUGGCUUCAUGCCGAACCAAGAAGGGAUCGAACCCUGGGCAGUGGCCAUCAGCCAUAGCCCACACCAGUGCCAUCUAUUGAUUGGCAGUGGCCUGAUCUUCUUCAUUCUGACUUUGGCAAUGCUCAACCUCACGCGGAUCUGGGAGGUCCCUGAACGCUUGGACAGGCUCAUUGACAUUUUGAACAACUACUUGACUUUCGGUUUGUCCUGGUGUUUGUUCUAUGGCGUUCGCUGGCGGAUUUGUGCUACACACUUCACUCAUGAGAAUGCUUUGUUGAUGGUGGCCAUCGCUCUCUUUCUGUCCGGCGUGUCGUUCUUGUUCAUCUUUGUCCUUGACAAGGCGUUGGCACUGCGCGGGUUUGGCCGCGUGGCGCUUGCACUGCUUCGGGUUGGGCAGAAACUGGUGACAUCAAUGUGUAGUGCAGGGUAAUUGUGUUUUUUCCCAAAAGCAUCUCCGAUGCUUGGGUUCUCGUUUAGUCGCUAGUGUUGGGGGAGAGCGAGGAAAAGCUUACGUUGUCGGGG